AUGAACGGCCACUUUUCCGCCGUUGGCGAUGGGCCAGGCACGGAAAAGUUCGACCAUGGAAUCCAAGUCAUAGACGAAGACAAGACCUACAACUCGAAUUUGAUUUCUUACCUCCGCCAGACCGAUGUUGCCGAUGCCGGGUUCAACUACCACCUCAUCUCCGUCUUCGGGUCGCAGUCCACCGGCAAGUCGACCCUGCUCAACACCCUCUUCGGCACCCACUUCUCCGUAAUGUCCGAGUCCGAGAGGCGGCAGACCACCAAGGGAAUAUGGCUCUCCAAGAACAAGCGGGAGACGGGUGGCGCCGGCGAUGCCAAGGUCAAGAUGGCUGACAACAUUCUCGUCAUGGACGUCGAGGGCACCGACGGCCGCGAGCGUGGCGAGGACCAAGAUUUUGAGAGGAAGAGCGCCCUCUUCGCCCUCGCCACCAGCGAGGUCCUGAUUGUCAACAUCUGGGAGCACCAGGUUGGUCUGUAUCAGGGCGCAAACAUGGGCCUGCUCAAGACCGUUUUCGAGGUCAACCUACAGCUCUUCCUCAAGGACAAGCACUCUAAUCCUCGAUCACUUCUCUUCUUCGUUAUCCGCGACCACAUCGGCCACACCCCUCUCGCGAACCUCCGCACCACCCUGAUCCAGGACCUGACCAAGAUUUGGUCCUCCAUCUCAAAGCCCCAGGGUCUUGAAAACUCUCGCAUCGAGGACUACUUCGACUUUGCCUUUGCCGCGCUUCCCCACAAGGUUCUCCAGGCCGACAAGUUCGAUGUCGAGGUGAACAAUCUCGGUGCGCGCUUCGUCGCCGGAAAUUCCUCCGCCAAGGACGGCUCUCACGGCGACCACGAGCUUAAUGGCGGCGUUUUCCUCCCCGAGUACCACAGGCGCAUCCCCGCCGACGGCUUCUCUGCCUACGCCGAGGGCGUCUGGGACCAGAUUGUCAACAACAAAGACCUCGAUCUCCCCACCCAGCAAGAGCUCCUUGCCCAGUUCCGAUGCGACGAAAUUUCCCGCGAGGUCCUCGUCGCCUUCGACGAUACCAUUACCCCACUGGAGGAGCGCCAGGCUGAGGGCGUGAGGGCUGGCAAGCCCACCGUGCUGGAGAACCUUGGUGAGUCCUGUAGGACUGCGCGCGGCCGCUGCGUCAAGAAUUUCGAGGUGCAGGCCGGCCGGUACCACAAGGGCGUCUACGCGCGCAAGCGAUCCGACCUCGAGGCCAAGAUUGAUUCCAGGCUCAAGACGCUCUACCUCGGCCAGCUCACGAGCUGCCACAACUACGACUUUGCCGAGAUUGUCGCCCAGGAGAAGGAAAGGGUCCUCGAGGUUUUCAAGGAGGAGGCCAAGGCCCUGGCCAUCGAGGGCCUUCCGUGGACCAACUUCAAGUCCCAGUACCUCAUCUUUGAGAGGGAGCUCGACGAGGUGAGCAGCAAGCUGCGGAAAGAGGAGCUCCGCCGCCUGGCUACCCGCGUCGAGCGCUGGGUCAAGUCCCGCCUCGGCGACUCGGUCGGUCUCGAAUUCAGCAAGCUCGGUUCGGGCCGCGCCGGUGCCGGCGCCCCCGAGGAGACCACCGAGAAGCCGCCCGCGGAGAAGGAUCUCUGGGACAGGAUAUGGAGCGUCUUUGUCGACAUUGUCGACGAGGCGCAAACGCGCUUCACCGACCGCGCGCGUAGCUUCGAGGCGAGCGCCGAAGAGGUCGAGGUGGGGCGGUGGCGCUUGCGCCGCAAGAGCUGGGUCGCGCUGCGGGAGCGCAUCGACGAGGAGGUCAUGGAGGGCAACAUCCUGCUCAAGCUGCGGGAGAAUUUCGAGGACAAGUUCCGCUACGACGAGGCGGGCCCCCGCAGCGCCGAGGCCGGCGAUGAAGAGGACCUUGCGCCCAUUGGCGGCGUGGAUGAGGAGGAGGGCAAGAGCCUCGAGGAGGAGAUGACUAUUCUCAGCGAGAGCAAGCGUCAGGACCUCGUCAUCAGGUUCAAGAAGACGGCCGAUGGCGUUUAUGUCGAGGCUAAGCGUGGUGCUAUUGGUGGUGUCGCUCAGGUGCCUUGGUACUUUUACGGUCUCCUCCUCGCCCUCGGCUGGAACGAGAUCUUUAUGGUGCUCCGCAACCCUUUCCUCUUCCUGCUCCUCAUCAUCAUCGCCGGAGGCACUUACAUCGCCUACACCCUUAACCUCCUCGGCCCCAUGAUGCAAAUGGCCAACGCCGCCGCCGGCCAGGGCGUCGAGCUCGGCAAGCAGCGCCUCCGAGACUUUCUCGAGAACUCGGAAACCGCCCGACAGGCCCUUUCCAUGCCCGCCCGCCCCGGCCAGGGCGAGGGCCAGAACCUCCUCCGCGACCGCGAGAGCGCCGACGACAUUAGCCUCGAUACCUUGGAUAGCCGGGGAAGAGGAGGACGACGACUCUCGAGGACGAUGAUAUCUGAAUGA